GCCUGCGGGGCCACGAACUUCGGUGGCGCCGCCACUUGGCGGCGCCGGCUAGCCCUAGAUGGUGCGAGAGAUGCCGUCGGGCAUGGAGGCGAGCCGUGGAGGCGUUGGCUGUGCGUGAGCAAGCGGAAGUCAAUAUGACGCCGACGUGAUAGCCGCUCGAAAUUAGCUGCAGCCGGCGCUCGAAGAAUGGCGAGCGUCCAGCGAGAUCACUGGUCUUUUGUCGUGCUUCAGUUUCUGCUGCUAUCGCUGCUCAUUUGCAGGCACGGUGUCUUCGCGGACCGGAACAAGUACUUUCACAUCUCAUCAUUGUGCAUGGGAGAACGACACUACCCUCAGUACAAGAAGAUUGAUGGUGCCGUGCUGACAUCUGAAAGCGAGAACAACCUGGAGUGCGCCGUCACCUUCCAGACUGAUUCCAUCUUGCAACGAUUCAUGCUUCGCUUUGAAAGGCUGGCCUUGGACUGCCACGAUCAUCUAGUCAUUUUUGAUGGUGCCCAUGCUAUAGGAAACCACAAGGUGGAUCUUUCAUGUCGGAGCACACGAUCGGAUGUGGGAACCAUCUUCACCCAGGGGAACUACGUGACCCUCAAAUAUACCACAGACAGCUGGAGCCCGCAAGGAAAUGGCUUCAAGCUAAUAAUCACUGCCUACAAGGACAGCUCACUUCCUGAUCUCAAGCAUGACCUGAAGUGCCGGGAUUUUGAGUGCCGCAACACUUUCUGCAUCUCAAGCAACUUGACAUGUGAUGGUGUUAACCACUGUGGUGACAACAGUGACGAGACAAGUCAUGCUUUAUGCAUAGACGAUAUGGCCAGCAGCCAGAUUCUUGGCCUUGGUGUGAGUGUUUUUGUGACACUGGCCCUGGUGGUGAUAGUGGUGUGCCUGGUGCUGUGUGUGGGCGCCCUGUGCCUGUGCCAGCGGCUGCAGCAGCAGCAGCAGCAGCGCCAAGCAGCCGCCGGAGCAAUGACUUUGCCGGGGGGCCAUCCAACUGCCCUGCAGGCCAACCACAGCGCCUUCCCCAGAGAGCCUCUACUACCCAGCCACAAAGUGACCAGGCCCGCAACGGCUCCAACUGGCUCGUCUGAGCAGAGCCUCCAGCACGACCUGUCCGCGUGUCGAGAGCAGUUCUCCUCGCCGAGGCCACUGGAUGCUGUUCCUCCUGUUUCUCCGGCCGGUGUCUCCCCAACUGGCAUGUUUCGCCCGGGGUCCCUGUCGUCACAGCCCGACCUGUUGGCUGUCACACAUGGGGGGGAGGCCCCACCACACACCUGGGCAAACACGCUGCCCAGGGGUCGGCCCGAUGUACUGGGCCCCAGCUUCGCCAUCGAGCACGUUGAGACAGCUCCUCUGCCAUGGGACAUGCAUAAUGGCACGCUUUCUACGGUACGAGGAAAAAGCACCGAGCGUCCUCCAGACUCUGUGCAAGUACAGCAUCACAGUGUUGUCUCCUCUCAGCCCACUGGCUGGGAACAAACUUGGCUCUGAGCCAAGGCGUUAGUCAUAACUAAGAACGGUGAAUGAAGCUUUCAUCACCCCAACAAUAAGAAAAUUUGUUCCUGAGCAGAUGGCCAAUGAGGAUAACGUUAAAUUUGCACAGAUUGAGGCAGCCAUAGUUUAUAUUCAGUUUACAUGUGUAGAUGCUGUGUUGCACUUAUUGUGCAGGAUGUGGUAAUUUGCAUUAUCAGUAGUUGAAGUGCAUGCCCUGAAUGCUGUCUUCUGAGAAGCAAGUUUUAAAACUUUGCAAACUGAAAAGGAAAUGAGGUAAUUUAGCUGUCACUGUUUAUCCUUAUUUAAUUAUGCCGUGUAGAAAUUCUUGCAGAAAUGGCCUUGAUUAAAUAUUUUUAGUUCACAGUAAAUAAGAGUAUAUAUUUAAUUUGCAUUACCAAUUACUAUUUAUUAUUUGUAUAUGAUAUUUUUAUGCAGAUAUAUUUUAUUUCAGAAAUACAUUUCAUAUAAUGUACAAAUGUUUAAAUGAAGCUCGAAUAUUGUCAUAGCUUCUGUGUCCUUUUUUUAAAAGCUGUGUUAUGUUCAGUUACAAUAGCUGUUAGUUAAACAGUAUGUCACUAUGUGUAAAUGUGUACUGCUUGAUAUGAACCAAAGUGAUGAAUUUUACUACAGCGUAUUGUGAUGUAAACACAACCAGAUUCUUGUUUACUAAACAUUCUGGUAGAAUACAAAUGUUCUCUAGUGAUGCAAAUGUACCAGCAUGGUAGUAGUUCAUUGCACUUGUUAGGAAGUUUGACAUUGAAAUUAAUAGGAACAUGCCACCUCUGGUGCUGUUGAUGGUCAGCUGCCAGCAGCUUACUUAACCCUACUAAUGUCAAAAUUUCUAGUAUAGGCAAGCAAUUCAUUACAAAAUACAUUACCCCUCGACCCCUGUUUUACUGCAGCCAUUGAGCUGGGCAGCAGUAAAUGCAAGGAUGGAUAGCCAGCAGCUUACUUAGUAGUUGCAGCUAAAUGUUAAGUUACAUAAUUUUUACAACACUUGCAAAUGCUGUACAGUCAGACUCCCAUGAAAUCUCUGCAAGAUAUCUAGUCACAAAAGUUUAAACCAGGUGCUAACUCAUGAGAUAUGGCCUACAAGUGGUAGCCAGCAUUAUUAACAAGGUAAGCAUUACUGUCCAUCAAGUACUGGCUGUCUAGCCAGUAUGUGAGACUGUUAAACAAGCCUUCACUGUUUAGCAAUCCACUAUAAAAAAUGUAGAUAUAAAGAGUUGAAUUGUUUUUGAGUGGGACAUAGCUGGACUAAUUACAUUUAUCCAAAAUCAUGUGUCCACUUGGUUCCUAUAGGACAUCACUGUGGGAUAGUUAAGACAAUUCCAAUAUAUUGGUUAGAACGACAGAUAGUUUGGAAGUAGUCAUUACAAAAGGGGGUGGGCAUGCAAACACAGACACAGGAGAAGAGAAUGAGACAACACGUGUCUUGUUCUCUUCUACUGUGUCUGUGUUUGCACGCCCACCCUCUUUCAUGAAUAUUGGGUCACCCAUUAGAGUGUAAUUUGAGCCAAAGGGCCAAGUUGCAAGUUCAUCGAUUGGUUCAACAUCUCAGUUCACCAAUUGCAUGGUCAUUCAAGUUUUCAGAGGUACUGAUUAGAAUCUAUAAAUACCAACUAGUCCUAAUUAGAGCCUAAAUACUUGUUGGUUUUAAUGAGGCUCAUUACAGUGGUCUCAAUUGAAAAACAUAUGGAUGAGCAGACCUAUGAAACAGCAAGACAGUUAAUAAACAUAAUAGCAUAACUAAAAUGCAAGUCCUAAAACAACAGAACUUUGUUGUUUGGCCUGAGCAAUGGCGAGCAGCACUUACCUUUUUUUUUAAACAUAUAAAUCUUUUGUUAAACUCUACAGAUUUGUUUUGAAGCACUGGUUCUACUGAUUGACCCAUCCACUUCAUGUUACACGAGUGAUAUUAAAUAAGAGAAUGUGUGAGCCCCCCUUUGAAGUGAAUUGCUUUUGUGGAAAUGAAUUACUCUAGUGCAUAAGUAAUCUUGCUGAAUUGAAUUCAAAUCAGGUUACCUGGUUAUUUCAACGUAACGUGCUUCAUUCGCAGAUGUCCUGCCGCUUUUAGUCAGCCGGUCGAGUGCUAGGUACUAAUUACCUUCAAAUGGCUGACCCUAGCCGUCUGACCACUGAAACACCCGUUACUUCAGUCAAGAUUACUCCAGAUUCCAUAACUUGCAGACCACAGGGGUAUAUUGAGUGAGCUCUUGAGUAGCUUCAGUUGGAUGACAUCAAGGGUCCAGCUAGAUGACCACUCAAGCACCUUAAGUGCCAGUUGCCUUCAAUUGGAUUGCAAUAGAAAUCUGAUGGGGUAGCCAGUUGUACUUAAAUACGUAUAUCCCAUAAGGUCAAACUGUCUGGCCAAUCUCUCACCGGCUCUAUCAAACUGGCCACCAUCUUAAUAUGGCCAGGUGGCUUGUAGACACCUGAUAGUGUAUCACUUAAUAAAUGUAAUGGUCUAUUUGAGUAGGUGACAAAGGUCAAGCUGAUUAAAAACCAGAUGAUAGCAUUUACAGAUUUUGCAUCUGAGCCCCUGCCUUUUUUAAUUGGCAUUCUUCUGGUCAAUACUCUCAUGUAUAAGUACAGUUCACAAUGUCCCGUUACCUCAGCUAUUGUCUUAAUUCUUCAUUCUCUGGUAUAUUUUCUGGCAAACAAACCCUGGCCAAUUGCAAGUUUUACUUAUGGAGUCAUUUAGUGAAUAACUACUGAUUACAUUCUAGUGUAUGUUUAUAUUCAAGUUUGGUUUAAUACUUACUAUUUCUAUUAAAUUUAGAUUUGUAAUAACAUUAUAUAAUCAAGUUUAACCAUUGCAGUGAUACCAUGAACUUAUUUGUUUUACUCAGUUGUGGGAGGAACACUCUUCUAGUUAAUUUUUACAUGCAAUGGAAAUGCACACAGGAUCAGCGUCCUUUUCCAAGCAUGGGCUUCACUAACGUUGCUUAAAAGUAAAAGCACUGCUUUUCGCUCUUCAGCUUUAAGUAAGGCUAUGGUUAAAAACUAAAGCUCACAUGUACAUUUUUUUUAAAUCUUUUAUUUGGGCAAUGAGAACACGAAUAACUUGUAUUCCCUGGCAGACAUCUCAAGUUAUGUUCCUGGCAGCUGGCUAUCUAAGGCCACUGAAGAACAAUGAGUACAAUUUAAGGUCUGAGCUUCAGUAACUCUGCAUCACAUGUACUGGUGGAGAAAAAGCAUUGGCUGUGUGUAUAUAACCUGUAUGUGUGCAUGCUUGUGUAAAACUGAUCCUAAUGUAGGGCUGUACUGAUAUAUCCAUAUUUUAUGAAUUCAUAUAAUUUUUCUGUCACAUAUGUGAGAAAAAUCUUUUGUUUGUAAAAAAAAAGGAAAGCUGAACAUUUCAAUUAGACCAACACAUUUGAUGCUGCAUGCCAGUAUAGUGUAGGCACACGUAUAGUAAGAAACAAAAUGUGAACUGCUCGUCAUUUGCGUGCAUGUGCGUGACAGUUAUUCACAAAUGAAAUUGUACUAUGGGAGCGCACACACCUUACCUCUUAUAAUGGUGCCAGAAGAUCACAGUGCAAGCCCAUGGGUGUGUGCAUCAAUCUAUGUGACUCCAUCUGUUUUGAUGCAUAAUUCUCACCUUGGAGGCUUCGUGUUAAAUGGAGUCGUCUGUAUGGGAAUCAAGUCCUUAAGGUUAGAUUAACUUGCAUGCAUUUUUGAGAAUUUUCAUAUCCGAGUAUCUUAUGGAAUUUGGCCUGCAUAAUGGGGUGUGUUUUUACCACUGUUUUUGGACUUUCUGACAGUGUUUUUUUACAACUUGUCUAGCCUUAGAACACUUUUUAUAUGUGAUGUGAACUCUUGAUAAGAAGAGCAGCCUGUUUUUCUGGUUUUUUUUUUGGCAGUGAAAUGCCUUUAGGCUGUCAUGUAUGAUGAAGGCAAGAGUGAGGGAAAGGUCGUGGACAAUGCUUUUUUUAUGAUGCUGAAGCACUCUUACACAUGUGCUUUGCGGUAAGAGAUGUGCCAGUAUUUUUUAUUUUUGCCACUUCGUAUGGGUGGGUUUUUUUACAAGAGCUGCAUGGCAAAAGGUGAUCACGUUUUUUACAUUUUUUAAUGCCUAGAUCUCAUAAUUUUCCAAAUAUUUUCUGAAUAUUUUGAUUUCCUAUACAGUUUUUUGCAUUUCUUAUUAUUUUUAUCACUCACAAAAAGCCCUGUUCUCUUUAAAUCAUUCGUGGCACUCGAGUUCUGCUUUCACAUUUUGCCCAGCUAAUUUUCUAUUGACAUAUCACAGCCCAUUUGCGAUACAGUGAUGUUUGGCAAUAUGUAAUGUCAUUAUUACAUAGAUCAGCAAUAUAAUACUUUAUGUAGGCAGUUGGAUGUGCAAUGCUGUGAUGAACUUUUUUUUUUUUGCAUGGUCUGAUAUAUAUGAUGCACAUAAUGAGUGUACAAGGCUGUGCAGUUAAAAUACUCAUGUAGCCUUAUUACUGAUAAGAAAAUUGAGCCAUUGUCAUUAGGUCAGGGUAUCUUAUACAUAUGUCGCUAAGAGGAAAGAAAUAUAUUACCCACUAUUAGCACAAAAAAUGAAAAGGAGUGUAUGAAGGAUUGUGGUGUGUCAGUGCCACAUGAGAGAAACCGCUUGAGCAAGAAAAGCACUCAUAAGCUAAAUUAAUAUAAUUGUUGAGACUUUGUUAAAAGACCUAGAUGAAAAAAAGCUAGUUCAGGCUACAACAGCAAAGUAAAACAAACUAUCUACUAAGAGCAGGUUCAAAAGGGCAGUAAGUUGGAUAGGCAACUCAUAAAUAUCAACAUAGUGCACAAUUAAUGAAUAAAAUGGUGAUAGCAUCACUUUAAAGUUAGUAAAUUUAUGUAAUUAGUUAGUGAAUUGGUGCAAUAGUUUUCAGAAUGAUGUCACGAAAAUUGAUUAACAGUCUAAUGAAAUGAAAAGAAUAGUCCAAAGGGAAAAAAUAAUCUUUGUAAGCAUAAAACCUGCAAUAUUUUAUCUCUUAAGUUUUAAACGUGAGUGUCAGAAGUGUGGGUCAAUGUAUAAUUUCCUGGAGGCAUGAGCUUUGGUGUUGCACUGUUCCUUAGCAUUUAUAAUGCUGUUAUUUGCGGUGAAAAAUCAAACAGAACUUGCUAUUUUACCAAGUUUCUUGAUUGAUGGCAACAACCAACCAACAUGGAAGGAAAAUUAUACUGCUUCCACACUCUCUGGAAUGUUCGUAGCUCACUUUUAGGCAAUCAGGCUCAACUUUAUUAGGGAUGUACUUAUACUGAAGUCUGCUGGCUUCUCUCCAUCUUGGGGACGUUAGUUUUGUAUUCUGCUAGCAACACCGGGCCUACUAUUGACAGACUUUAGUUAUGCAAUCACCUUUUUUUGCACAAGCAUAAUGCGACUGACAUUUGACUAUUGAGUUUCCGCGGACCAAGCUAGUUUACAUGAUGUGCAAAAGCAUUGCAGGCAUGAUGGCCAGCAUGCAUACUGAAAUCGACCUCCUGGGAAGCUUUGAGCAUAUCAUGUUUUUUAUGAAAGUUGUUUUGUGUGCCUGUGUGGGCCUUGUGUGCACACUGUAGAACUGUCGUGUUAUGUCGGUUGCAAGAAUCAGGGCUCCAAAAGAAUAAAAUGAUCAAUUGGAAGUUGA